AUCUAGUCGGUAUCGGUUGUUACCUAAGCGAUAUGUCGAAGCAGGUGCUGGCCAAAAUACGCCCGUCCUCCAGCCUGAUACUACUGGCCAAGGAUGCAGGAGCUACAAAGCGAUCCUUCGACUACAAUGCGCUGCUGCUUACGCGCACUUCAAAAUCUAGCUUUAUGCCGGACUCGUCCGUUUUUCCGGGCGGAGUGUGCGAUACUACGGACAGUUCGCCAGCCUGGCUGUCGCACUUUCAGAGGCACGACAUUAGUUCAGCCAUGCUGCGGGACGUCUGCCACGUAAAGGCUCCACGUCCCGAGAUAUUCAAUGCGCAGGCGGAUGAUGCGAUAGACACCUCCUUGUCGUUGCGUCUGACUGCCAUACGGGAGACCUUUGAGGAGUUGGGCAUCUUAUUGUGUCGGGAUGCCAAGACCUUGACCUCGGCCAGCGGCUACGGGCAGUUCUAUGAGCAGUUCGAUCGCGCCCACUGGCAGCAUGUGGUGCACAAUGAUGCCAGUCAAUUCCUGGAGCUCUGCAAGCAGCUGGAUGUGGUGCCCGACAUCUGGUCACUCCACGAUUGGUCUGCCUGGCGCACGCCUGCCACGUUUAAGAAGCGAUUUGUGACGGCCUUCUUCCUGACCACCCUCGAACAGUCGCCCAGCCUGCACAUUGAGCCCAAUGAGGUCAAGGACUGUGCGUGGCGCUCACCCUUGGAUUAUCUUCAGGCUUGUCUGCGAAAAGAGCUCUGGCUGCCUCCCCCUCAGUUCUAUGAACUUUCGCGCUUCCUCAACUUUCGCUCCCUGGAGGAGCUGCGUCAGUUUGCCAUGCAACGUGCAGCCAAUGGCAUCGUGCUCACCCAUCCUGUCAUGUACAAAUGCAAUGAUGGUGUUGUGCAUCUGCUUCCCGGCGACGAUGCCUAUCCGGCGAAUCCAGAUGCCAGUAGCGACCAAAUAGAGACUGGCCUCUGUGUGGAGGACUUUCGUGCACAAGUGAAAUCCAACCUGCAUCGUUCGGAGCACAGGAGCCAGCAUCAAGCGAAAGUAAUCAUUAACUUUGCUCCGACUGAUGGACAGGUGAACCCCUUGGACCCGGCUAAGAUGUAGAACAGAACGAACAGAAUGUUUGAUCGAAUGUGCAUUUAUUUAGGUUUAAUUCAAAUUAUGAAAAACCAAUCGCAGAAAAAUUCUUGGAACAGCGAAAUGAUCCGCUACAAUACUGGAAACGCAAUUUAUUGAGUUUAUUUAAAUUAUUUUAUUAGUUUCUAUGGAUAUAUCGACCAUCAAUGGUUUUUCAACCCUA